GUGAAGCGUCAAUUUCUCGCCCAGCCGGACACUAUAGAUGCACGUAAUGAUUUUGUCUGCGAUUGUGCGAAUUUUCUUUUCCCAUCGUGUCAAUUGCUGUCUAAAAAUUCACAAAAUUUGAAACAACGUAUUUAUAUUUCACAGUAGUGUGUCCAAGUAAUUUUCUCAAUCCUUUAGCUGAAAUUUUAUUCUGAAGCUAGAGAAAAAUAUGGCUGAAUCAUCCACACCCAUUUCCGCAGAGGAGGAGAAGCACAUCAAGUCGCAAGAGCAGUUCAAGGCUGUUGUUAAUUUUAUAGUCGACAACCAUCAUGCGAUCCGGGAGGUCAAGACUUUCUCCAAGAACUUUCAACUUACGCCGGAAGACGAGGCCGAUAUCGACAAAAUGGUGGCAAAUGACGAGCCUGUGUUUGCCAUUGUGUAUGAAAUUCUACAGAGACAUCAUAAAAACACGACGCAGCAUCCAUCAUUAAAAAGUGUGGCUCAAAUAUUCUCUAAAAUGGGACUACAACGUUUAGCAAAUGAUAUUGAGGCCUUGUGGGAUGCCGAAGAAUUUCAAAAUCAGCACAAGUGAAAAAGUCAUUUACUCAUUGUACGAUGCUAAUUUUAACAAAACAUAGCCAGUUAAUUCAAGUCACUAUA